AUGUCUCAACUAUCACUUAACACCGCUCCCGGACUCACUUGCGUCACGUCGAACUCAUCCUUCACCAAUGUCUACUACGCCAUUCACAAUCUGCUGAAAGCUAAAUAUGAUCCUAGCACUUAUUCGUGGUCCAGGGUCACCUUACUCACUAUGCUCGUGGCUCAUCUCAUAAUGCUUGUCAUGGCGUUGAGCGUUAUUCUGGUUAGAUUGUGCAGCCAGAAGUUCAUGCUGGGGUAUAUAACCAGACACGGAGUCCUGAGGCCAAACGCCACCGGUUGUGUGACGGUAUGCUACAUAUUGUAUGACAUUUUUGCUGUGGUUGGACUUGGGAUGCAACUAGCAAUAGAUUAUGGGAUCAGUAAUCCAGAAGCUAAAGUUCACAUGCCGGGAAUUAAAUACGUGAUCAUUUGGAUUGGUGUAUGGUGUUUUUGCUGGAGCACUGCUUGCCAGUACAUUUGCGCACGAUGGGAUCCUCCUUGGCAAUCCAAUUCGUCAGACAGAAAGUUGAACAUUGUUCCCUACUCAGUAAUUGUGAUGCUAAACAUAAUUUUCAUUGGAGUAGCCAUUUUCAGUGUUGCAAUGUUUUCACUUUCCAACUCCCAGUAUAUCUAUCUUCAACGAGCCGUUGACUCCAUCGAACUGGCUCUCGCCCAUGUAAAUAUGACGUCAGCCAAUCCCAAAACAGCUUUUCAGGUUGCUUCAAACCUCCCUGGAAAUCCAUUGAGCAAGCUUCAUCACUUGAUUAAUCACAACCUGUUUAGCUCUCAACAGCUGCUUGCUCAUGGCAUAUACACCUUUCAUUUUUUCUACGUAUUUUUAUGCACAUCUCUGCUGGGAAGUGCCGCUCUGGAGAUGCACUGGCAAUUCGAGAAAUGGCAUCCAAUGUCAUCAUUUCAAUUAUCGGGAACGUGUCCCAACAAGCCUGAAAACGGCCGGAAAGAAGCCAAGAAAUCCAAGUUAAGUAGGUUCAUAGGCAACAAUCCUCCUGUUUGGGAAUUAACUGUCAGUGUGGUGCAAGUAAGCCACUCUCAGGCAUCCAAACCCCUUGAACAACCCAACUUUGAUCUGCUACGGAAUUGGGCUCAAAGGAAGACUGUACAGGACGACAUCAUUCAACAUCAUCUGGAUCUGGAUUCAGCCUUGGAUCCACAAUUUGAGGAACAAAAAGACCUUGAGAUGGACUGCUUGAGACCAAAGUCGGAGUACAAACAUCUCAAGCGCUAA